AUGACAACCACCUUAUCUCCUUAUCAGCAAGGCUCAUCCGUGGCAAAGACUCGCCGGACCAACUCUCUGGCCUUUGCGAAAUCCAACUGUCAUAACUGUGAAGCAAUCGGUUUACAUUGCGAUAGACAGAGGCCACGAUGCACGACAUGCCAGCAAGCCGGACGGCUUUGCCAGGGUUAUUCCAUGCAGUUGACGUGGCACCGCAAUCACUCUGCCGCUGAUAAGCCCCCUAAAGUACGGGCGACACUUUCCCAAGCGAGAGUUGACACGGUAGCGUCGUCGUGCAUCGGUAAUAGUCUGCCUCGUGAUGCUCAAGAUGGCCACGGCGAAGGGUCUGCCUCCAGUCAGCCGCGGCAAUACAUGUUCGUUGCCGGACGACCAGCUAAAAGACGAAAGCGCCAGCAUAUCCAGGGAAGAACGACGACAACCAAGGGCUCAUUCGAUAUCAACAAGGCCACACGGGCGGAUGACAACUCGAAUCCCCCUCAGGUGCCAAUAGAUGCAUACCAAGUCCCUUCGGUGGCCAGGGAACUUCUUGGAGUCGAGCUGUAUCCUCUACAAUUGCAGUCUCCGCCCGCCGUUACAUGGCUACCUGGCCAGUUAGAUUCAGACAUAAUAAGCGAAGUUCAAGCUGUGGGUACUCCUGACAGCGAGAGCCUGGAACAGUGUCUACAAAUCCAGCAUUCUCAAAGUUCACCAGCAGCAUGGAGCCCUGUUUCGUCGGAGAGCGUCUACAGCUCCUCAUCGGAGACUGGACACCUCACAGACUCCGAAUAUGCGAGCCACAUCAGCCUCUCGCACGUCCCUCAAGUCUGCUUUCCGACAUUGCACGACAAGUUCUCCGGCCUUCUCGAUAUGUAUGAUCAAGAAUUCUGCAACUACCCAAUCACCAGCGACUUCAGCGUCAACCCCUACCGCUAUCGACCCGAAACCACCAAGGGCUCUCAACAUUUGCUGCAUGCCAUUAUGGCCAUUUCAUGCCACUUUCGGCUGCGAUCGCCGUCCCAGCCUUGCCCGCCUGUGGAGGCUUUGAGCCACAAAAACACGGCAAUGACGUUAUAUCAGGGGGCAUUGACAGAGGCUGACAUUUAUAGCAAUGCUUUGAGCUUGCUGGACACAGCGCUUGCUCUGUGGCAACUGGAGGCCACCAUCUCAUCACUCAAUAUAUGGAGGUCUCACUUGACCGAUGCAUAUCAUCUUCUCGAGCUCUAUGGUGGCGUGAGAAGAUGGUCAGCGAGCCGGAAGGCGAAUGUCCAAGUCUCCAUGAUGCUUUGGUGGGAUGCCAUGGUAUCCCUUUUAGCACGAACAGAAUGCGUCCUCCCCUACGUAUACCUCGAAACUGUCCUCAAAACCGAAGGACGUCAGCCUUGGACAUUCUACCAGCUGAAUGGCUGCCCACGGGAACUGUUCGUCCCGAUGAUGCAGCUCGCCAACCUCUCUGGGCGAAAGUGGAGCAAGGCGGUGUCGGCGCUGGUGACGGAAAUCGAGCAGUCAAUUACAAAGUACGAAUAUCCUGGCCGAGGUCUUCAGUGCGACUCGGACGACGACGAAGAAGCUAUGCACACCGAACGCGAUCGAUACCACUGUUGCGAGGGAUUCCGGUUCGCAUUGUUGAUCUACAUCCUGAGGGUAUUUAAGAGCCAAAGGAGUGAUCGUCCAAGAAGGCUGGCAGCACGAAUUUCGUUCCUUUCCCGACUUUGCCUCGACCACGUAGCGGCAUGCCGACCCACUUCGUUGAUUCAGAAGCAGCUCCUCUUCCCCAUCUUCAUUGCGGGAUCAGAGACACGCAAUAUCGCGCAUCGCGAGCUUGCGGAAGAAUACUGCCGGCGGUGGUACGGGAAGUUCGGAUAUCAGAUGUACAUGACCGUGCUGGAUGUCAUGGAGGCCGUCUGGACCAAACAGGAUGCGGGGCAGGAAGACUUUUGGUGGGGAGAUGAGCUUGAUGCACGGCGAGCGGAAGAGGGCGAUUUUGUACAGUUUUGUUUUGGAUGA